AUGAGAGCAAGCCUGAAAUAUAGAAACCAAAAAUUGAUGUGUGAUAUUAAUGUGCUUACAGAUGUUGCCACCACUUAUCCAGAUAAGAAGUCCAUCUUAAUGUACAUCACAUCACUUUUCCAAGUGUUGCCUCAACAAGUGAGCAUCGAAGCCAUCCAGGAAGUGGAAACAUUGCCAAGGCCAUCUAAAGUGACUAAAGAAGAACAUUUUCAAUUACAUCAUCAAAUGCACUAUUCUCAACAGAUCACAGUCAGUCUAGCGCAGGGCUAUGAGCGAACUUCUUCCUCUCCUAAGCCUCGGUUCAAGAGCUAUGCCUACACACAGGCUGCUUAUGUCACCACCUCUGACCCCACACGGAGCCCGUUUCCUUCACAGCAUUUGGAAGCUCCUGAAGACAAGUCAUUUGGCAGUUCAUUGAUGGAGACUGAAGUAAACCUGGACAGUUACCAAACAGCUUUAGAAGAAGUACUUUCAUGGCUUCUUUCUGCUGAGGACACAUUGCAAGCACAAGGAGAGAUCUCAAAUGAUGUAGAAGAAGUGAAAGAACAAUUCCACACCCAUGAGGGGUACAUGAUGGAUUUGACAGCUCACCAGGGACGGGUUGGUAAUGUUCUACAAUUGGGAAGCCAACUGAUUGGAACAGGGAAAUUGCCAGAAGAUGAAGCCACUGAAGUGCAAGAACAAAUGAAUCUCCUAAAUUCAAGAUGGGAACACCUCAGGGUAGCCAGCAUGGAAAAACAAAGCAAUUUACAUAAAGUUUUAAUGGAUCUCCAGAAUCAGAAAUUAAGAGAGUUAAAUGACUGGCUAACAAAAACAGAAGAGAGAACAAGAAAAAUGGAAGAAGAGCCCCUUGGGCCUGAUCUUGAAGACCUAAAACGUCAAAUACAGCAACAUAAGGUUCUUCAGGAAGAUCUAGAACAGGAACAAGUCAGGGUCAAUUCUCUUACUCACAUGGUGGUGGUCGUUGAUGAAUCUAGUGGAGAUCAUGCAACUGCUGCUUUGGAAGAACAGCUUAAGGUAGAGGUGUCUACGAGGGACGGGAGACAGCAUGGUCUUUUCAACAACUGCCUCGGGGGCCCCACUGAUCUGCCCCAUCCUCCGCCCGCCGACCCCUCCAAGCCCGGGUCUGCACCCUCUGCCCACCCUGUUCCUCACGGCCCCACCCCUCAGCCCCCAGGCUGGGUCAAGAGACCCCCAAAGUGCUCUCAGAUGAGUAACGGAGACUCUAAACGAGACCCAGAUCCCCGCGGAGUCUCUUGCCCUCGGCACACAGUCCUGGUGCUCAGCCCGCCCCGUCCACAGCUGGCCACAGGUCCGCAGGGCCCACAGUCAGCAGGGCAGCGACUCCAGGGGCCAGCAUCCCGACCUAGAUAA